AACUUCUUCCAAAACAUCUCUCCUAACCUAACGGAAAUAUCAAAUGUUUUAAAAUCUGCUCGUCAUCCAGAUUAAAGACAACAUUAUUUCAAAAGCAACUGAGUGAUAGGAUUUGUUUUAACGGAUUUAAUUUUAAUAAUGGCUGAUCCGAACUCAAUGUUUGAUUCUGCCUACAAUGGCGAUUUCGAUUUAAUAAGAACCAUUGUUGAAAAAGAUGCAUCUACCAUUAAAACAAAAGAUAGUAAUGGAAGGAUUUUAUUGCAUUGGGCUGCAAUCAGUGGAAACCUGAAGUUGGUAACAUACUUACUUGAAAUGGACAGUGAUAUUGAAGCCCAAGAUGAUACAGACACCACUCCAAUCAUUUUAGCAUCAUCCUCUGGCAGAUUGGAAGUUGUAAAACUAUUAAUCCAGCAUAAAGCCAAUGUGAAUCAUAAAACUACCCAGGGACACUCUGCUCUUCAGUAUGCUGCCUCCAAAGGACACACUGAUAUUUGUGUUUCUUUAGUUGAUGCAGGAGCUGAUAUAAAUGUAACAGAUAUCAGAGGUGCUACACCUUUACAUAGGGCAGCCAGUAAAGGCAAUACAAGUGUGGUGAAGUAUUUGCUUAGUUCCAAAGACAAGCUGGAGAUAAAUAUUAGGGAUGCAUAUGGAAAUACUCCCCUGCAUUUAGCUUGUGAAGAAGAUAGGCAAGAAGAAGCCAUGUUACUGAUUGAACAUGGUGCCAGGACUGAUAUUCAGAACAAAGAUAAGCAGACUGCUUUGGAUUUGUGUUCAAAGGGAUUAUUACAUUAUAUUAAGACUAAGGAAACUACUACUAGUGUAUAAAAAUAACAUGUUUUGUGUCCCUUAAUUUAAUUUUGCAUUAAAAUAUCAAGAAAUAACCAGAA